UUUUUCACCUGGAGCGAGAAAUUCCGUUGGAAGUGACAGUGCUUUUUGCAGCGUGUGAGUUAUGUCGCUGGAGAACCGCAUUAUCCAUGGUGUGCUGGACAAUCAUGAGGGAUUUCUGCGUCGCCAUCUCGUUCUCACGCCAACCGUCAUUGAAGAACUCAGACGAAGGGUCAUUAUAACAAGCAGUACCAAGGACAGAAUGGCCAAGGUUUCCCCCGACGCUCAAAUCACGCUUUUGAUUGACAUCCUACGUCGCCGUGGAAUCCGAACUCUGGCCAAGUUUCUGCGUAUCCUAAAAGAGUCCUUAGAUGGAUGGAUAGCGGACAAAAUACUGAGCACAGACCUGCGAGUACUCAACAAAUACACUCUAACAGACGACAGAACGCUGACUGAUUUUAUCAUUCGGGUCUGUGGACCACCUACCCCGGAAACCAAGCCGGAACCGCCCAUUAAACAGACGACAGAACCAGCAGCAGGUCGUUUCACAAUAAACAAUCAAAUCCAAAGACCACCAAAGCAACCCAGAAAUGAACAUGAAGGAGGAAUGAUAUAUUUCUUUCCUACUCCCCCUACACAAAUUGCAGAAGUACCAGGACAAGUUCAACAUCUGCAUCACGUUUUUGAAGAAAGAAACCAUCAGAUCAGUAACACCUUGUCUGUAUUAAAACAAGAGGAACAAGCGAUAAAAGAUAUACUGGAGAAAAAUGUCUCAGAGCAACGACAUCUAAACAAGAACCAAAUGGCUAUUCACGAUAUAAGCAGACGACUGCAGUCCAUACACCACGAGGCGGGACAACUUCUGAAAUCGGCGCCAAAUGACGACAUUGUAAGAAAAAGAUUGCAUCACUUACACGAGGUACCUUGGAACUCGACAAAACCCAGACACAAAAUGAUUUGAGACACAAAGUGCAA